UGGCACCGACCUUGAAGUAUGGAUUCAAGUGUUUUAUGAAGUACCCUGCUGAUAUACCUGACUAUUUCAAGCUGGCAUUUCCCGAAGGUCUAAAAUACGACAGAAAAAUAACAUUUGAAGAUGGAGGGUGUGCCACGGCCACUGUGGAAAUGAGCCUCAAAGGCAACACCCUUAUGCACAAGACCAAUUUUCAGGGAGGUAACUUUCCCAUUGACGGCCCUGUCAUGCAGAAAAGGACUCUUGGCUGGGAACCAACCUCAGAGAAAAUGACUCCUUGUGAUGGAAUAAUCAAGGGAGACACUAUGAUGUACCUGAUGGUUGAAGGAGGCAAAACUCUGAAAUGCCGAUAUGAAAACAAUUACAG